AUGACCUCGAAGCACCUUUGUGCCAUCUGUGGUGAUCGUGCUUCUGGAAAACAUUAUGGCGUCUACAGUUGUGAGGGAUGCAAAGGAUUCUUCAAAAGAACAGUGCGUAAAGAUCUUCAGUAUGCAUGUCGAGAUGAGAAAAAUUGCUUGAUUGACAAGCGACAGAGAAACAGAUGUCAGUACUGUCGCUACAUGAAAUGUCUAUCUACUGGCAUGAAAAGAGAAGCUGUACAAGAAGAAAGACAGCGAGCCCGAGAGAGAGGGCAAGCAGAAGCAGAAAGUACCACAUGUGUCGGGAACGAUAUGCCUGCUGAAGCAAUCCUGGAUGCAGAGAUGUCUCUGGAGCAGCAGUUGGAACUACCCGGCGACGACACCAGUCUUCCCUAUGACUUCAGUCAGGCAGCCGAUCGUAUUGUCUAUGCCAUGGUUGACUGGGCUAAGAGGAUGCCACACUUCACUGAGUUGAACCCUGAUGACCAAGUUACAUUACUUAAGACAGGUUGGAAUGAGUUGAUCAUCUCAACCAUAGCCCACCAAUCAAUAUCAUCAUCAGCAUCGUCGGCCUUGACCUUGGUGUCUGGCCUACGACUAACUCGAGAGUCGGCCUCCCAGGUAGGAAUGACCAACAUCUUCGAUCGCAUACUCGCUGAGAUUGUCACCAAAAUGAAGGACAUGGGCAUCGAUAAGACUGAACUCGGCUGCAUGAGGGCUAUUGUCCUGUUCAAUCCUGAUGCCAAAGGUUUGGUCUCGCCACAGCCAGUUGAAUGUCUGAGGGAGAAGGUAUACGCAUCCCUGGAGGAUUACUGCAGGCAACAGGCACCCGACGAACCGGGUCGAUUUGCUAAGCUUCUUCUGAGGUUACCGGCUUUGAGGAGCAUUGGAUUGAAAUGUGUGGAGCACUUGUUCUUCUUCAAGAUGGCCGAAGAGAAUGUAACGAUGGAAUCUUUCCUGGCCGACACGCUCGACAGCCCAAAUAAUUAA